AUCAUCGCAGCACGCAUUUAUAAAACCAUUAUUUCCUUGUUUCGUUUUUAAUUUUCUCCCUCUCAUUCGCUCUGCGUUCUUGUACGGAGGACGGACAAUCCAUUGGCAGUUUAGUUUACUUUGUGGCACCCAGUGGAACCGCGGAAGGUGCAUUAGUUACCUGUUAUUUCGAACCAAACACAAUCAGUGCAACCUGAACAUUCAGCUGUUGUUGUUUUAAUUGGGAAUAAAGUGAAAUAUUAUUUUGCCUUUGUUGAUAAACGUAACGGUUUACUAAGUGUAUACACAAAAUCCAACAACAUUAUCUCUAUAAUGCUGACAAGGUAACACCAAAAAAUGCCUUCCAAACUCUAUCUCAUUUUCGCCCUCUGUUUCCCUCUAAUCUUGGCGAGGGAGCCGGAAAAACUAUUACUAGUGGACCGUUUGCGUUUCGAAUUCCUCAAACUAGAAGAAGAACUGUGGAACUUUGUCCGAGAUAUCACGGAAAAUGGCAACUCUAUAAGCGACAAUCCUAGCGAAACUUCACCGGAAAUCACUCUGAUUCGGAAAUUUGAGGAUUUCGGAGAUAUAAUUAAAAAGCACUUCGAACACGAUCUAACCUACGGCCUAGAAACUCUGGACUCUGUAUGGGCUCUACAAUUAGCCUACGCGGACCUACGAGGCGUUUACGCCCUCUACGAAUCGUUCCGCAGAUUUCAACAUCAACAAACCGCCCCUGGGCGUAUACCAUCACCCAAACAAGCCUGGUUAGAUAUGACGCAAUCUGUACUAGAUGAUCCCAAAAAUGGCGUGGAACAGGCCCUGGAAAGAAUUAGGGAGAUUGUCGAUAAGAAUUUGUUCCAAUCGGUUGGAAAGGAAGUUGAAGGCGAUAUGAUUUGUAGUACCAAACAAAGCCCCCAGCAGGUACUCUACAAUCUUUAUGAUGCCAUAGCCCUAACUGAACUAAAGGGAUACACUAUGAUACAGUUUUCCUAUAUGUUGCUCAGAUUAUAUGGAAAAGGUAAUUUUACGAAAGAAGCCCAAAACACUCGAGAACGAUACGAAGAGAGGACCAAUAACGCUGUGAACAGUGUAAGAAGCGCAAUGGAAAAUGUUUCCAGGGAAUUUUGGAAGUGCGACCCCAAAAAGUGGGCGAAAGGCGAAAGCUAUGAAGAAAUUACCAACUUGUUGCAAGGCUACGUCCAAAACGAAGUGGACUUGAAUCCAGAGGGCACGUGCAGGGAAAAUUGUGCCGAAUACACUUUCACCAAGAGCCACGGGUGCUUCCAAAAUCUUUAUUGUAGACAACAACGAACUUGCAGCGGAAAAAUUUUGGAUUGUAAAUUCUACGAUUCGGAUAUGUGGAUUUGCAAUGCUAACCCUCUGAGUGGACGACGUUACGAGUUCAUCGAAUACGAAAACGGCAAAGUGAUGGGAAGGAAGCAAGGUUGCUCCAGGGGCACCACUAAAGUGGAGAGCUGGUGGCGCUGGUUGUUCUGGCACUGCUCCUACUGCUUCUGCCUCUGCGACGAACAAGGUCCAAUGUCCGAUAGAUAUAUCAAUAUGAGAUCAGCUAUAUCUGACAUCAAAAACAACAAGGUGGUUACUGGAUUGCGUUUUGUUAAAAAGAACCGCAUAGUUCACUUGCAAAUACAAGAAGGUGAACUGUUGCCCAGAUUGAAUAUUAAUGCUAGUUCGCUCGCUUGGAAACCUGUGGAUGAAUACAAGCUUACCGAUAGAAAGGUUUUUAAUGGACAGGACUAUCACACGCUCACCUGGGAAAAAAGAAGAAUGGAUUUGGAUGAUUUGGAGGCUGAUGAUGGACACAUGCUGACAGGUGUCCGCUUCAAGGAAAUUGGAUCACAUCUGAAUUUUGAAAUUUACACCACUAAAUUUGACUUUGAUACAGGAAAACUGAAACCGGAACAUAGUAAAUGGAAAGACAAUCCUAAUACUGACGUUUCAAUCAAAAAUCCUAGGACAAAAGUUCGUCUAGUCCAUCCAGACAUACCGAUAAGAUCUACCAGUCCUUCAAUACCAACGUCACAUUCAGACCAAUAUAUUGAAUUUACAAAUUCUGACAUUGACAGGGAUGUGGCUCAAACAACAGUGCCAUUUUUGGAUGCUCAAAAGGUGGAAAGUUUGGAAGCAGUUCCGCUAUCUGGUGCAGGUAUUUUCCAUAAAGGCCGUCAGUUUUUCGGUGGUUUUAUAGCGCCAAAAAUUAUUACCUACGAUGUGAGCAAAUUUUUGAAAGCUGCCUUUCCCACUGAACAAGUUAAUUAGUAUUUAAUUUUUUUGCUCUGAGUGCAAGUGACAGUAUUUUGUUUAAUAACUGUAUUAGUUAAGUGUUUUUUUUUUUUUGUGAACAAAAUUACAAGCGUUCAAGAAAAAAAUAUUGUUAGAGCUAACCAAGUGAAAUUUACUUUACCAAUUUAUUCAUUAGCUUAAUGAUUUUUUUCCAAUACAAAAAUAAUUUUAGUUUGUGCAUUAUUCUUUUGUUCUGUGAUUUUAUGAAAACUGAUUUUUUGGAGAAAUUAAAAUUUCUAGAUUUUGGAA